AGACUUUGGAGAUGACCUUUGCACUUUUUUUCUCCAUUUGCAUUGGUCUUUUUAAUUAUUAAUUUAUUCAUGAUCCAUUUUUUUGGGGAUGAUCCACUCAAAUUUUGGGUCAACUAUAUUUUUUUUCUUGUAUAUACACCAGUCAGUGUCAUUUAAUAUUCAAACAACGAAGUUGGCAUUCUAUUAUUGGCUCGACUAUUUUUUGUACACAUACAACGGAUCUGAAAAUAUUACAGUACUUUUGAAUUAUUGAAUUGUGUUAUUCUCUUUGACAGAUAAUGGCUUGUUAAAUAAAGUAUACUUUCUGGUCAAAAUUAGGAAAUUGUCCUUUUCAUUUCAAGUUGAAAUAUCCAUUAGUUAUAAGAAUUUGGAGUUUUUAUCUUUAUCUCUAUAUGGCCAAUUUUGAUUUAUAUUUUUAUUUGGUAAAAUGAUUCCUGAUAUUGUCUCCAUUACUAUAGUCUGUUUGUAGCUAAUUAUUUGUCUGAUUUAAUUUCCAUGUCUGAUCAAAUUGCUCCAAUUGAUCCAAAUGUCGAUCCUUAUGGAUACUUGGGCAUUACUCCUAACACUGAUGGCUCUAUCACACGUUUGCAAAUUCCAUCUCGUCCAUUUGCCACCUCUACUACUGAUCAUGAUUCCUCGGUCUUUACAAAAGAUGUCGUUAUUAACCCCGCAAAAGACUCGUGGGCUCGUAUUAUCAUCCCACGUGAAGUACUAAACUCGGAAAAUAAACUCCCUCUUGUAGUAUAUUUUCAUGGUGGAGGAUUCAUAAUGGCAAUUACUAUAGACACACCAAUAUUACAAAACUUUUGUGCAACACUUGUGGCUGAAAUUCCAGCUAUAGUUGUAUCGGUUGAUUAUCGAUACGCCCCUGAAAAUCGACUCCCAGCAGCGUAUGAUGAUUGCGUGGAGUCGUUGUAUUGGAUCAAAAAUACCCCUGAUGAGUUGCUGGAAAAGUAUGCCGAUUUUUCGAAGUGUUUUCUCUUGGGGACUAGUUCUGGUGGCAACAUAGCGUACCAUGUAGGACUACGUGUGGCUGGCGUUGGUGAAUACCUUAAGCCUUUAGAAAUCAAAGGGUUGAUUUUAUAUCAUAGUCUUUUCGGUGGGAAUGAAAGGACAAAAUCGGAAUUAAGAUUAGCUCGCGAUAAGAUGUUGCCCCUUAAUGCGAGUGACAUUAUGUGGGAGCUAGGGUUGCCUAUUGGUAGCGAUCGGGAUCAUCCGUAUUGUAAUCCUAUGGUGGAGAUUCGAUCAAAUGAAAAUUUGUUCGAUCAAGUGAAAAUACAAGGUUGGAGGAUUCUGAUGAUUGACUGUGAUGGUGAUCCUAUGAUCGAUCGACAAAUUGAGGUUUUCAAGAUGCUGAAGGAAAAAGGGGUGCAAGUUGUGGGUUGUUUUAGUGAGGGAGGGUUUCAUGGUUGUGAGUAUUUUGAUGGCAUGAAGUUAAAGGAAUUGGCCCUAGUUAUAAAGGAGUUUGUGAGAGUUUAACUAAAGCACUUGUGGCAAGUGAUCUUUAAUUUGAUGAAAUAUUUAUAACAAUUAUGAAAAUAACAGCUUGUUUGGAUGGUUGUUACAUGUUGUAUUGUAUUGUACUGUUAGUUUAAAUAGAAUGUUUGUUUCACUACUUAUAAAAUUAGUUUCAACACUUAA